UGAGCAGCUUUAAAACGCAAUGCUCUCAAGGAAAAAGAAGAAGUCCAAGCAGAACUCUCUUGCGCUGUCAACACACAUCCGGAAUCAGUUGAUACAAUGGAUCAGAAAUAUAGAAACUCAAACUACAGCACGGGGAAGGAUUGCCAGGAUGUCAUUGACGAAAACAAGCCACUGUACAUUUUCUACUCAUCUGUGGUCGGCUUGGAGUUUGUUUUGGGUCUCCUUCUGAACAUCACGGUCAUUCACGUCUUCAUCUUCAAACUCAAAUUCUGGAAAUCUAAAACCAUCUACAUUUUCCUGUUCAAUCUGGUUUUGGCUGACAUUUUGUUGCUGAUCGGUUUGCCCGUGAAGGCUUAUAACUUCCAGCAAUGCAGUGAAAACAAGGUGGUGUGUAAAGUUCAACUCUUCCUGCAGUUUCUCAACCGAGGAGCCAGCAUCGCCUUUCUGACCGUCGUCUCCAUUUACCGUUAUUACAGCGUGGUUCAUCCUGAGAAGAGGAACGUCCUGAGGAUUCUGAAUCGAUCUCCUCAGAUUUCUGUCUUAAUCUGGGUGCUUCUGGGGAUUCUGACUAUUCCAGCCAUGAUGCAAAGCUUUAUCAAUUGCAACAGCAAUGAAACGGAUGAACUCACCACUGCGGUUAUAUUGAGGGAAAUUGUGUUUUUCACACAGAUUUUCAUACCCUUUUUUGUUCUUGUGUAUUGUUCGUUACGGAUUAUCAACAGACUUAAACAGACAACGGUGGGGGACAAGACCAAGCUCAAGAGAGCAAUGAUCCUGGUCACCGGAGUCGUUCUGGUUUUCGCUCUUUGCUUUCUGCCGUACGCUUUCACACGUGCAGUGCAUCUACAGCGCAUCGGGAACGUGAUGCCAGAGGAAAAACGUACUGUUGGUAAAUUAUACGACGGUUUUGUUUGUCUGUCGUAUCUGAAUUGCCUGUUGGAUCCAAUCCUGUACUGUCUGAGCAGCACGAAAUUUAAGAAGUUAUACGUGUCGAUUUAUUUUCCCAGUCGGGUGGAGAAGGAACCGACGGAGACGUCAGAAGAAAACUCAUAAGUCUUUACAGAAACUAUGCCAGCUGAAAAAAAAAAACGUUUUUAGGAACUGUGUCUGCACUGUUUUUAACACAUUUUGAAGUGUAAAUAGGUAGUGGAUGCAUAAGAUGUCAAUGAAUUUUAGUUUGUUUAUCCAAACACACCAAAAUGUGAAAAAUGCAUAUUUACAAAAAAGCCCAAAAGUUUAGAUGAAGUAUUUGAACAUUUUAAUAAUCUUUGUUAAAGCAUAUUAUUUAGAUCAAGUAUAGCUUUUCACAUUAAAUACCCAAAUACAUUAUGAAGUGCAUAACAGAAUGAUGAUGUCAUCUGUAAAUGUGACGUCAAUCACCGUUUACAGUCUGGUUAUCACAUAAUGGAGUUUCUAGUUUGAUAUCAGUCACGUGACCUAAAUCUGAGUCACAGUGGUCUGGGGUCUCUCUACACCAACAAACUCGUGAUUCUGUAACUUUCUCUGGCAGGCACAGAGGAGAAAGAGCAUAAUUUGAAUGUAAUUUUAGUCUACAAAACGUGCAUGUAUUACGUGUUAUAUAUUUUGUGUAAAUAUGUUAGGCAAAAUUGACUUUCUGUAAAAUUGACUUUCUGUAAAAAUUGACCACGCCACUGUAAAUAAUAAACUGCAAAAAUGAUUUUCUUGCUCAGUAUUUUUGUCUUACAGUAGAAAUAUCUACAAAUUCUCAAAUCCAGAGACACACUUGAGAAGGAAAAUGACUUCAGAUAUUAAGUCUUUUUUUGCUAAUAGGGUAAGAAAAGGGAACUUAAUUCAAAGGGAAACAAGAUUAUUUUACAACAAUGAUUGCAGAUUGUUUGUUUAGUUUUAUGCAUAAACUCUCUACAUUUUGAUACUUUUUUCAACUUUUUUUGAGAAUGUUCAGAUAUUUGUACUGCAAAGACAAAAUACUAAGAUUUUUUUUCAGUGAUACACUUCCUCUGCAAGUGUUGUAAACAAUGUAACUUCUGUCAUUUUUGUGCUAUAUAUGUCAAUCAUCUGCCAUAAAGUAAACGAGUUUUGAAACCUACAGCUUAUCCCAAAACUGUAAAUUACCGUUAAGGGUCGUAACCCUAAUAGAAAUGGACAUCAGUUGCCAUGUUCUUUUUGGCCGAUUUGGUUUAAACAAGUUCUGUCAUUUAAGAACUUCUACUGAGAUCACAAAUCAAAACGUUAUUUCACUGCUGUACUGUAUAAACCGACAGUGUUACAACACUCUCUAGUGCACAAAGCUACAGUAAGCAGUAUGUCUCAGUUCUUACCAGUGCCCUCCGGCUCAUUCUCGACCUCACCAAACAAUGUGGGUUUGGUUGAGCUUUCCUUCAAAACAGCUGUAUCCUCGGUGAGGUUGACGGGAACGGUGUGCGGAAAGCCUGAAGUUGUCUGGGCUUGCAGCUGUGUUAAGAAUGUAGGAGAUAAAACCAGCCCUGAAACAAACAGGGGAAAAUUGAAAUUGAGAAAGAAAUACGAUAUGCUAUGGGUUUAUAAUACUAACAUCACGGCCUCGAUCCCAUGUGGGGUGAGUGACCUAGUCAACCUUGUGCCUUUGUACAAGUUGCUUUUCUCAAGGUUGCAUAAGGAAUGUCUUGUUAUUUGUAUUGUAAUGUAUAUAAAAUGUUCCUGCUAAAUCUGUGGUUAUUUUACUAAAUGCAAGAGCUGAGGAUCUACCUGGACUGACGAGAGAAAGCAGUGCAUUGUGUUCCUGCAAAACCUUCUGCAGCUGUUUCACCUGAAGCUGAAGGAGCAGCUCAUCCUGACCUGGACUCUGUCCACAAACAGUCAAAUGGUUGGAUGUAAAAUAUAGAUUUCUUCAGCAGAACACAAAAGAAGAUAUUUUGAAGAAUAUUGUCACCCAAACAGCAUUGGCCCGCCUUGACUUCCAUUGUAUGGACAAAGAAACAUUUCUCAAAAUAUCUUCUUUUGUACAGAGGUAUACACGACACGAAGAAACCAUGGAAUCACUCCACCUGACCAUUAUACUUAUGUCUCUGAUUAUUUUUUUAAUUAAACAAUCAGAUGAAUGUGAUGUAAACAAAUCUCUAAAUCUGACAAAACACUUGAUCGCUAACAGUAAUGAUGGCUUCAAUACAUAACCAAGUCCAUGUCCUUGACUAAUAAAUAAAGAUUGACUGAAAAGUA